AUGGUGUUCAGCGACAGCGAAGAUGAUGAUUCGGACGGACCGCGCAUCAAGGAGGAAGAGUCUAAGAGCGACCAUGGAAAAGUUGACAAGUAUCUGCCCCAGGCACCAGACAACGGUUUAGCCGCAGCAACCGAAGUGGAGAGUUCUGAUGCCACUAUGUACAAAAAUGAUUUGAAACCGAAAUCACUACAAGCCCUGUCGGCUGCCAAUUCUAAACGACGCCAGUCAGAUUCCGACCAUGAGUUUGCCCAAGAACAAGAUGAAAUAUUCAAGAGCCGUGACUCGGGGGCGGCGGGAAGGAGAACAUCGGGGCUUUCUAAGGAACCCACAGUUGCCCACAAAGAAACGAAACCUCCUUCACGGUCUAGAACUGCUACUACUGCUGCCACCACAACGGGUGUAGGAAAACAAGUGUAUAGGAAGAGGCGCAGAAAAGUCAGGAACUAUGAUCACUCCGACUCCGAUGCCGAUUUGAUGGAAUGGAGUACGCCAGACUAUGUUCAGAAUCGAAGAGCACAAUUUGAUGAGCGAACCAAACGGCUAAAAGAGGGAGGUUUACAAUUGCCACCCCACUACGACGACGUCUACUUUUCUGAUAAUGAGAGGUUGCAACACUUAAAAGAACGACCGGACUUCCCCCCGUCGAUGGCUAUGCGAGAAUACAAAGACAUUGAGCUCCCAUAUUCUCUCGGCCUCAUUCCAGCUCCAAUUGCACAGUAUCUGCGAGAAUAUCAGGUUCAGGGCGUGGCAUUCUUGCAUGAGUUGUUCGUCUAUCAAAAGGGAGGAAUCCUGGGUGAUGAUAUGGGCUUGGGCAAAACUGUCCAAGUCAUUACAUUCUUGACUGCAGCUUACGGUAAGACUGGUGACGAGCGCGACAGGAAAAGAAUGAGAAAGAUGCGGCGGGCCGAGAAAUGGUAUCCACGGACCCUCAUCAUUUGCCCGGGCACGCUUAUGGAAAACUGGAAAGAUGAAUUUCAACGCUGGGGCUGGUGGCACGUUGACUUAUAUCAUGGCGGUGCCUCCCGUAGACAUGAGGUAUUCUUGCAAGCCCAGGCAGGAAUGCUAGAGGUGAUGAUUACUACCUACCACACCUAUCGUGCCAACAAGGGGGAGAUCAAUAUGGUCCAAUGGGAUUGUGUCGUCGCAGACGAAUGUCACCAAUUUAAGGAGCGCCGUUCGGAUACCACGAAAGCAAUCAACGAGAUUAAUGCCCUGUGCCGUAUUGGUUUGACAGGAACCGCAAUUCAGAAUAAAUAUGAGGAACUUUGGACUCUUCUGAACUGGACAAAUCCAGGUCGAUUCGGGCCAGUAUCUACCUGGAAGAAAACAAUCUGCGAACCGCUCAAAUUGGGCCAAAGUCACAACGCUUCGAAUUAUCAAUUGGCAAGGGCUAGGAAAACCGCAAAGAUGCUCGUAGAGAACCUCCUGCCUCAAUUCUUUCUGCGACGAACCAAAGCAUUGAUCAAAGAUCAGCUACCAAAGAAAUCAGAUCGUGUUGUAUUUUGCCCCCUCACCGAAACGCAAGCGAGGGCAUACCAGAACUUCCUCGACAGUGACAUCGUGGAACACAUAAAAGGCAGCAGCGAGCUCUGCGAUUGUGGGAGUCGCAAAAAGGCUGGCUGGUGUUGUCAUAUGGAGCUAGAUGAUGGAAGCCGAUGGCAAAGUUGGGUAUUUCCUGCAAUUAGUAACCUCCGGAAUCUGUCAAAUCAUCUAGCUGUUUUGAUUCCUCAGGGAACAGACACUGCUGAAAAACAAGCAAAGGACCUCGAGAUGCUCCAAAUCGCUAUGCCAGAUAAGUGGAAGGAAAUAUACCGAACUCGAGACAGCAUCAUGCACACAGGCAACCCUGAAUAUUGUGGGAAGUGGAGAGUGUUGAAGAAAUUGCUCAACUUCUGGCACGAUCAGGGGAACAACAAAGUCCUUAUUUUCUCACACAGCGUCAGGUUGCUUCGGAUGCUUCAAAACUUGUUCAUCAGCACCAAAUUUAAUGUCAACUACCUUGAUGGAAGUAUGGCAUAUGAAGGUCGGUAUGCUGCGGUCAAAGAAUUCAACACCGACCCUACCCAGUUUGUCUUUCUCAUCAGCACGCGGGCCGGAGGUGUCGGCUUGAACAUUACGUCGGCAAAUAAAGUCGUCGUCGUGGAUCCAAAUUGGAAUCCCAGCUAUGACUUACAAGCGCAAGAUCGAGCUUACCGAAUUGGUCAGACUCGUGAUGUCGAGGUUUUUCGACUCAUCAGUCAAGGCACCUUGGAAGAAAUUGUAUACGCCCGGCAGAUCUACAAGCAACAGCAAGCGAACAUUGGAUACAACGCGACUUCUGAGCGACGAUACUUCCAAGGUGUCCAAGACCGAAAGGAUCAGAAAGGAGAGAUCUUUGGCCUUCAGAAUCUCUUUGCCUAUCAAAACGAGAACCAGGUGUUAAGAGACAUUGUGAACAAGACGAAUAUUGCAGAAUCAAAGGCAGGUGUACGAGUCACCAAUCUCGAGGUCGAAGAACAUGAACCAAGCUCGGAAGAAGACGAGGAGCACGCGGUGAAAGAAGAGGAGGACACCCGCAUCAAGACUGAACCUGACUCUGAGGAUGCGGCCAUGUCCCAACUUGCAGCAGAAAUCAUCGGCGACACCGACAGAUCCCGUGGGCGGUCCAAGACUCUCUUUCGGCCCGACAACGCUGUCAGAAAACACGACGCCGUUCAAGCGAUCCUCUCCUCCGUUGGCGUAUCCUACACACACGAGAAUAGCGAAGUAAUUGGCUCCUCGAAAGUCGAGGCUCUCCUAUCCAAGCGCGCCGAAGCAGCUGCGAGCAGCAACAGAAAUUGGGGCACGCAGGAACAACAGUCCAAGGUCUUCCUAGAGGAAUCGCAAUCACAGGCUUACAAUGACCAUGUUAAUGCGAACGACGACCAAGGCGACGGCAUCACCACGCCAAACAGUGGAGUGCGGCAUAAAUACCGUCCGCCCCAGGCCGUCAAGAAGCGACAGUUCUGUAGCAUGGCACGCUGGGCCGGCUACGGCAACGAUGUGGUCUCAUUCGCACUUGUCGUGGAGAAUUGGACACAAGCCGAGCGGAGAGAAUGUUUGGAUCGUUUCUACCAUUAUAGACGCGAUGUUCUUGACGGCCUUGUUAAAGCUGAGAAGACCAAGUGUGAAGACGUCGAGUUGGAGGAGAAGGAUAUCGAGACGGAAAGGGAUGUCAAGCAGGAGAUUAAGCAUGAGGCUGGAGCGGAGGCCAAAGACCUUCUCGAUGUUGAGACAGAGAGCGAUGAUGAGAAUGAUGAGCUUUGA